AUGGCUCCUACUCGAAACCGAGUAAAUUUUAAGACCUACGAGACUAGUACUCGUCUACUAGCUGCCGUGGUCGCAUCUCUCGAAGGCAAAGCCAAACUUGACUACGAUGUGAUUGCGUUACUAGUAGGCGGAGGUAGCACGGGAUCCGCUAUAGAACACCGCUUGCGUCCUAUUAAGCAGCUGGGAAAGUUGCAAGUCGACUGGUUUAUGAACCAAAGAAAGGACCCGGGCGAGUUGCCUGUCGAGGCUGGAGAAAUUCAUAAGCUCUUUGGCGAGUCUACUGUUGCCGGCAUACAGUGGCAGAUGCGCGAUGUGAAAGCUCUGGGUCGCGCGCAGCGACAGGCCGUCGAGGAAAACAAAAACCCCUGGGAGGUUAAGCUCGACGCUCCUACACGCGCCAAGGCUUCCGCCGCGUCAACACCUACGAGCAGGGGCGGCCGUACCCCCUCUACCGCGGCCUCUUCGAAGCGCAAACGGGGCCCUAAGAAAGUGACUUUGUCCGAGGACGAUACUGGCCUUGAGAGCACUGAGACCGACUACGAUACAAAGGAUCUCCGCUCGGAUGAUGACGAUCUCCUUCAGAUCACUCCCACACCCAAACGCCGCAACACCCAAGGUCCCAAUAGCAUCGACGCGGAUAACACGCCCACGCCCACGCCCGCUAAGAACAACAGCAACGGUGGCAGCGGUGGUAAAGAUGUCACGCGCUCCCUCUUCGGCAGUGGCUCGAAGUCGGCACACCCCAGCAACAACGAGGGUCAGGUCCAAUUCGUCGAUCUAAGCGAGGACACACCCCCGCCCCCGUCUAGAACAUUCACGCACGCGCCACAAUUAAAGGCUGACCCAGAUUCAGAUCUGGUGUCGGAGGAGAAUAGUCCCAUUAGAGAGGGCCACGACGACCCCUUCGUUGGUAGCAGCGGCGUGUACGACGACGACGAGCUUGCAGAUGGAGAGGUCUAA